AUGGCACCGCUUCUCACCUAUCUUGUGCCGCUGCUGGCCUUGCCAGCAAUUCAGGCCUGCCCGACCAAGCAUCACAGCAGCUCGUCCUGCGGUCAAUUGUCUGGAAACAAAACAAUCAAGGCAUUCCAGUUAUAUCCCGAGAAUGCCGACUUUGACACAAAGCGCUGCGUUGCGUACUUUAGGUUAGUUGCCUCAAGUUUUAAGAGAAGCUCGGCAUUCCGCCGACGGAAGAACCCAAUGUUCAACUCCACAGUCGCUUCCUGGAACCCCUAUACCUCCGAGAUAGAGACCAUCGAGAUUCCCGGUCUGAGUUUCGACAGUGAGCUUCACUCGAGCGGCGUCCGCGUUGAUCCCCUCGACCGCCUAUCCAUCAUCAUUGAUGCUGGCUCCGCCUUCGACACGGAAGGCAAAAAUAUCACUGGCGACAACAUCCUCGUCAAGUACGAUCUCACGCAGAAGCGGGUGUUGUGGCAGCGCAAUCUGACUGAGUUGACGAACGGCGUCUACGGUGGCUUCCAAGACACGGCACACGGUCCUGACGGCACUACCUAUGCUCUCGGUACCUUCCCGAGCAGUAUUAUCCGUGUCAGCCCGGACGGCAGCAAGGCGGACGCAUUUUACCUCAAGACCCCUGCUAUUCAUACCAUCCACGGCUUUUCUGGUCUCGUCACCGCCCCUGAUGGCAAAUCGAUCCUUGUGGCCGACAGCUCUGACGGCCAACUCUACCGCCUCGACAUUGGCGUUUCUGCGAACAGCACUGCGGUGGCGCCGGUCCGCGUCCCGCUGAAGUCGGCAGACAUAAUUGGUUCAGCACUCGAUGGAGUCUCGAUUCCUUCCCGGUACAACGGCAAGGUUAUUCUUGUCUCUGACAACGUCAACGGGACGGUGGUGCUGCACUCGGAUGACGCCAAGUGGGAAUCGGCCACCGUCCUGGGAUCGGUGCCCAACGGAUACCUUGCAGACGGAGGAUCGAGCGUCACUACGGUACAGAUUGGAGGCAGUGUGUAUGUUGUGACUGAGUGGUUUGGGGAUUCUAAGGUGGCGGGCACGUUGGCCGGUGACCGCUCAGAGUGGCCUCUUGUUGACAUUACUGCUGCUGUCGAUGCCUUUCUGGCUAAGCUGUGA